UUAAUUAGACUAAACUUCGUGCAAUUAAUGGCUGUUUUUUUGGGUUGGACCUGCUGCAUGCUGUGCUAGUUACACUUCUGUUUGACUGCUAAGCGCAUAUUGAUUUUAGGUCCACCACUUUGCUGUCAACAUGGAAGACUUCACUAAAAUGCCAAUGGACUGCUGGCAUUUUUUCAGAAAAGCAGCGGACUCUUGUUUUGGUAUGUCAAGGUGUCACCUUUCAUUUGAUGCGAUUUGUUUUUUUUUUUUUUUGUUGAUUGGAACUGCUAUGUUUUACUUGAUAAUGAUGGGUAUUGUUAGAUUGAGGCACUGAGCAAUUCGGAAUGUUAUUGAGUUCAUAUUUCUUCAACAGGAAAGGAAUUUUGUUAUCUUGUAACAGUUCUUCCUAGGGUUUCUAAGCUGCAAAGGAAAUUGCAAUGGCUCCUUUAGUGAAAGUGGUUCUAGGCACAUUUGCCUUUGCAGUAUUCUUGGUGCUGGCAAUUUUCCCUGCUGUUCCAUUUCUGCCCAUUGGGAGGACUGCGGGAUCUCUUCUAGGGGCAGUACUCAUGGUUAUUUUCGAAGUCAUAUCUCCUUCUCAAGCAUAUGCCUCCAUUGAUCUUUCAAUUCUUGGCCUUCUCUUUGGAACAAUAGUCGUAAGUGUCUAUCUUGAAAGAGCAGAUGCAUUUAUGUACUUGAGCAAACUGCUGUCAUGGAAGAGCCUUGGAGCAAAGGAUUUAGUUUGUAGAGUCAGCUUAUUAUCUGCCAUUUCAAGUGCUUUCUUUACCAAUGACACUUCUUGUAUGAUCUUGACUGAAUUUGUACUCAAAGUUGCAAAACAACACAAUCUCUCGCCUCAACCUUUCUUGGUUGCUCUUGCCUCAAGCUCAAAUAUUGGGUCAUCAGCAACUCCAAUAGGCAACCCUCAAAACCUGGUUGUUGCUGUAAAUGGUCAGAUUCCUUUUUUGACUUUCUUUGUUGGAAUUGCACCUGCAGCACUUGUAGGAGUUUUUGUGAAUGCUGUAGCUAUCAUAUGUAUGUAUUGGAGAGAGUUAUCCUCUCAUCUCAAGGAAGAAGAAGAUGCAAAUGUGGAAGUUGUUCCUGAUGAUGACACGAGUUUCUACAGGUUUUUGCCAGCCACAUUGCCACAUUUCCCACGCUCAAGUUCUCAAGAAAGAAGCUUCAUGUUGGAUAUGCAGGGCUCGCCUUCAAUUCAUGGGAAUUCGGCUUAUUUUAACACGUUAAGAUACAGAUCUGGUGCUAGUGAGACUGACAUGUUCAGGGUUCCCAGUAUUAUGUUAGAGUCUGCAGGAAACUCGAGAGCAUGCUCGAAAUGGAAACCCAUAAUGUGGAAAUCUUGUGUGUACCUGGUGACUCUAGGGAUGUUGAUUGCUUUGGUGAUGGGAGUAAAUAUGUCAUGGACUGCAGUCACUGCUGCUGUUGCUCUAAUGGUUCUUGAUUUCAAGGAUGCUCAGCCAUGCCUAGAGAAGGUUUCCUAUUCUCUUUUGAUUCUCUUUUGUGGGAUGUUUAUGACAAUUGAAGGCUUCAAUAAAACUGGAUUUCCAAGCUGUUUGUGGGAAUUCGUGGAGCCCUUCGCACAAAUUAACCAUGCUAGCGGGAUAGCAGUCCUUGCAGUUCUCAUCCUUAUCCUCUCAAAUGUGGUGUCAAAUGUACCAACUGUUCUCUUACUGGGGGCUCGGAUGGCAGCAUCGGCAGCUUGUAUUUCCCCGGAUUAUGUGAGGAAGUCAUGGCUGAUUUUAGCGUGGGUGAGCACAGUGGCAGGCAACCUCUCGCUAUUGGGUUCGGCUGCCAAUAUGAUAGUGUGUGAGAAGGCAAGCCGUGCCCCAGAUCUUGGUUACAAUUUAUCUUUCUGGAGCCAUCUCAAAUUUGGAGUCCCCUCCACCAUUAUCGUCACUGCUAUUGGUUUGACAAUCAUUAGAUAGUUCCUAUUUUCUGGUUACGCCGAGAGAACUUCGCGCUACAGUUGCCGAUUCAUUCUAUCCUUCUUAUUUUAUGGAUAAUCUUGUAAUAUUUUGUUUGGCUUGAAAAUACACUGAACUGAUAUAUAUUUUUAUUUUUA